AUGUUCAAUUGUAACAACUCUACCAAAUAUCAAAAUAACACAUAUUAUACCAAUGGACUAAUAAAAACAAUACUUGAUAGUCGGAUAUCCAGCAUGGUUUCUACAAGUAAAGAAAUAACAAUUGAAAGUUUCUUUAGGACUUUUAUUUUAUCAAUUAUCUUUUUAGUAAUAGAACUUAUUAUAUUUUUGAUUAUGAGAGUUUUAUACAAGGAUAUAUACAGAUCUAAAAAUAUGUUGCAUUCAGAGAGAAGCAUAGAGCUCCCUUUCUUCAAAUUUUUUAUGAAACGAUGUUCAGACUUUAAUGAUAUGACGGAUUUAGAUGGAUAUCUUCUAUUGAGAUUUCUCAAAUUUCUAUCCUUCUAUUUCUUCACCAUUUCAUUGGUGCAUUUACCAAUUUUGUUACCGUUGCAUUACUAUUACAAUAAUAAUAUGCUAGGCUUCUCUCUAGAUAAAUUUAAUGUUUCUAAUAUUCAUGGUAAAAAGAUGGUUAUACACCUAACUUUAUGCCUCUUUGAUGCAAUUUGGUUUCACUUUCUAAUUUUAAAAGAAUCAAAGAUAAUAUUCUCAAUCAGAAAAAAGAGGAUUCUUCAGAGUAAAUUCAGUUCAAUAUUAUUUAUUGAAAACAUUAAUAAUACAUUUCUAAAAAAUUACCAAUCUCUUGGAAACGGUUAUAGAGUUAAAGAUAUCUGUGAAAUCCACAAGGAUACAAGAGAAUUAUACAAAACCUGGAACAAAGUAUAUCGCCUAGAAAAGUACAUUGAAAGGAUAACCUUAGAUAUAAUUACAGAAGUAUAUUUUGAACAUAGAUCUAAAUGUUUUAGUCUCUGUGAAAAAAGAACAACCUUUUUCAAUUUUACCUUUAAAUUUCUAAAAUAUAUUGUUUAUCAAAAAAAUUAUGUGCUAUUCAAGCUCAGAACAUCUGUGGUUAGGUUAAAAUGUCUAUUACAAAUUUGUAAAUAUGAUAAUAAAGUGUACAAUCCCAUAAAUCAGAAUAUUGAGUUACCAUCAAAAUUUAUUUCUAACAGAUACGAGCAAUUAGAAAUAGCACUCAAAAUAUACAACAACACCGUGGUGUUAUUAAAGAAACAAAAUGAAAAAAUCGAGCAGGAACAAAGAAAGAACAACUCUGAAAGAGAGUAUGUUCCUAAAGAUGCAUUUGUGGAGUUCGGUUCACCAAAGGAAGCUCAUGCAAUAAGUUUAAUCCUAAGCAAAAACAAUGUAGCAUUUGUUUCUCAAGUUACACUAAAUCCAAAUCCCUGCGAUAUCCAAUGGUUAUCUGUAAUAUACAGUAACCUGAUUUACAAAGAAAUAAUGCGAAUAUUAUCAGUAAUUAUCAGUAUUUCUAUCGUAAUAGGCUGGGUAAUACCGAUUGCAUUUGUCGGAUUCUUUGCACAUAUACCAUAUAUUACAGUUACAUUUCUUCAACCUCUGUCGUUUCGUAUAUUCAAGUCAAAAUUCAUUAGAGAUGGUAUUGAGAAUAUUUUACCAUUGGUCACAUUAAUAUUUUUGACUGAACUUGUUCCAUAUGUUUUCAGAAUUUUAAGCAAACUAAAGGGGUGUCGUACAGGUUCGGAAAUUGAGAAAGAUGUUCAAACAUGGUUAUUUGUAUUCCUGUUUGUUCAUUUGUUCUUAGUUGUCACAGCUUCAUCUGGUAUUUCUUUAGUAAUCGAUCGUCUAAUCAAUAACCCGAAUAGCAUUCCCAUAAUACUUGCACAUGAAUUACCAAAAAGUUCUUCAUUUUUUUGUUCAUUUAUUAUGUUGAGAGGGAUUUCUUAUUUUGGAGGAAACAUACUUAGAAUAAAAGACCUCUUAAUCCAGAUCAUUUAUUAUAGCUUUAUAAAUUAUUCUCCGCAUAUUCGGAUUAACAGAAUCAAGAACUCUUUAUUCUUUAAUUGGGGGUCUAUAUACCCCUUAUUCUCGGUACUAGGAUGUAUAGGGAUAGUAUACGGCAUAAUAAGUCCCAUUAUUUUACCUAUAUCAUGUAUUUCACUUUCAUUGGUAUACUUUUCUUUCAAAUAUCUUUUUGAAUACCAAUAUACAAAAAAAAACCAUUCUGAUACAUUCGGUGAAUUAUAUCAGCGUACACUGCUCCAACUUUAUGUUGGUAUUUAUUUCAUGGAAUUCUGUUUGUUGGGUUUAUUCGUUCUAUCAGAUUCAUAUAGGCUGGCUCUGUGCACCUUUUGCUUAUUUAUUGCCACAUUAAUCUGUAACAUUUAUGUUUGGAAAAGUAUGCUACGUCCCAUUCUAUUUCACUCGGAUGAUCACGAACAAAAUACAUAUAUUCAUAAUGAUGACCAUCAAUCCACAUUGGAUUCAUAUAGAUCUCCAAUGAAACGAAAAACUAAGAUGUAUGGUGAAAUAUGGUUACCUACAUACCGAGCUGAAAGUGUAAUUAAGGAGAUCACCGUGAUGGAGAAAAAAUAUGGUAUAAUGAUCAAUACCAAUAAAGCCUUUUUUGAUGAUUGCGGGAAUCUACACUUUCGUUAA